AUGGGUCGUGGUGGUAUGGGAGGAGGUCCAAUGGGUCGUGGUGGCAUGGGAGGAGGUCCAAUGGGUCGUGGUGGUAUGGGUCGAGGUGGAAUGGGAGGAGGUCCAAUGGGUCGUGGAGGCAUGGGAGGCGGUCCAAUGGGUCGUGGUGGCCCAAUGGGUCGUGGGGGUCCAAAUGGUCGUGGUGGAAUGGGAGGUGGUCCCAUGGGUCGUGGUGGUAUGGGAAUGGGUCCUAUGGGUAGGGGAAUGGGAAAUGGUAAUGAAGGUCCUAAGAAACCCCCUAUGACCGCAGAGACAACAUUCUCUGGCCCUACAAAGAUCUUGAUGUCACUCAUGAACAAGGGAUUGAUCCCAACCCGCGAACAGGGUACUCUCAGCUUCCCCACGCCAGUAGGUGCCAGGAUUAGCAAGGUUCGUGACGAGAUGCUUCAGAUGCUUGAUAAUGUAGAAGUCCCAGAAUCUUUAUUUGACCGUCUCGCUGGUUGCUGUAAUAAAAAUGAGCUGCAGUUUACAGUCAGAUACCACCCGCCCAAAGAUGAUCCUAAACAUAAAGGGCAGAAACUUUACUGCGUGCAGAUUUAUAUUGGAGGGAUUCAUAUCUCAACCUUAGAGCAUAUCACAAAGCAAGAUGCUCUUAAAAAAGCCAUCUCCAAGGCACUGUACACUCUGCGGGUCCGUAAAAUAAGUGAUGUUCUGAACAAUGUCAAGAUCAAGCAGCACUGGAGAGUCGACUGGGAGGAGUAUGACCACUACGAAUUUGGAGAAGUCAUCAAUAAGACUACUGUACAUGUGCCACUUACAAAACGAGAGAAAAUGUUUGAGGGACUUGUUAUUAUGGAGACUCUAAAUACUGCCACCAAAAACCGUCUAGCGGAUGUGAAGCAAACAGCCAUAUUCAGCAACCUACGCCUGGAAGUUGUUAUCAAAUACGCUCUUGGAUAUUUUAAGCAGAGUAUUUACAUCAACUCAAAGCCAGUAUGGAAUGAAGUGGGUGAAUGUCUUGAUGAAGUGGAACUUGCAGGACCUAAUAAUCUUCUACAGUACUGGAAGCUUCAACACCCCUGCCUCCAGAUCAAGGGGAACGUAAAGAACCCGAAGGAGGCUGAUGCCAGAGAAAAGAGACACAAAUUGAACAAGGAAGACUUUGUUAUGGAUACUGAAGCAACAUUUGAAUUGAAUGAUGACAACAAACAAGAAAUACUUGCAAGACUAGAAGAUUUGAAACAAUCCACUGAAUACAAAGAAAUAGAGCUGAUUGGUUUCACUGUACCAGAGCUGACAUCUAUUGGGGAUUUUGUUAGAACAAAUCCACCGCUUGUGAUGCACACAAGAAAAACUGCUACAACUCCUGCAGAAAACUAUGGUGUCAUCUCGUUUGGGUCCAAUCGUGAACACAUCAUUACUACUCUCCUUAAAGGAGAUCCUAACAAGAUAUACAGUGACAAGUACAGCAUCUUGCAUCCUUCUCUGGAAAAGACUGGAAAGAUCUGCAAGAAGGUUGAGAAGAUUUCAUCCGAAAAGUUUCAGCCAAAGAAGACUGAGGAGGCAGCCACAGAUAAUACGCACUAUACAGGUGAGCUUAUCCUGCUGAAGAUGAAAGGUGAGGAUGAGUCCCGCGAUUCCACAACUAUUCUAGAACGUUCCCUCAACCGCACACCAAUGGUCCUGACAUAUUCCUCACUUAACAUGAACUUUGAGCGCAAACCAGAUGAAUAUGUGACACAAGUAAUGAUAGAUGAUACAAUAAUAGCGUAUGUUAUUUCUACCAACCUGAAGGAUUCCAAGAUUGGUGCUAAAAGAAAGGCUCUUCAGAACCUUCAGAAAAUAUGCUACACAUUAACGAAGCGCAAACCAUUGGAAGACUUCAGUGCUGAGGAACUCGCUCAGAUGACCAAACCAAAAGGAGUCACAUUGACUGAAAUAUACGGACGUCAACUCCAAAGCAAGAAUGCGGCGUUGAGAGUCUUCACCCCAGUAGCGAAGCGUAUGAUUGGUAGAUUGUUGAGUACUCUAACACAUACAUCAGAUGAAUUGUUUUUCACCAAUGAGCUGAACGAAAAGGAAAUCGCAGAGAUCGAAGCUCUUGCUGAAGGGGCUGGUUGUGUUCUUAAGAAACAUGAAACAAAGAAGGAUGAUGAAACUCUCACAUUCAUCUGGGUAGAAAGGAAAUCCUCGCUUCGGGAUAUUCUCAAUGAGAUGAUCGACAAGCAGAAAAGUGGCUUUGCCAGCGAAAGGUUCAGCAUCCAAGAACCAUCCCUUAAUAUUGCUCUUGUCGAGGGUACAACAAGAGUUAACUUAAUUGACACUUACAAAGUAGACAAGUUUGACGAACACAGUGUACGUACCCCUGGUGAGCCAAUUAAACCAUCUGAUGUUAUCUUGAAGACGAGAGAAAGGACAGGGAAUCAGAGUAUGAUGCCAAGAUCCAACAACAUUCUCAAUGCCAGCGCCAGGGCCUGUAAAUACAAUGUCUGUUAUGAGCUCAAUGAAGCUCUAUUCCUUAGCGGCCCAGUGUAUCUGAUGGACUUGACAAUUGAGGGGAAGCCUAUGAAGGAUCAGGGACGUGGCCUAUCGAAGAAUGACGCAAGACUACACGCAGCUGCUAUAGCUCUAGAGGAAAUUAGGAAGACAUCUUAUAAUAUUAUGCGGGUGACAUUAGAAAACCCAUUCAGCCCAGAACGCAUCAACGACCCCUUGCACAGUAUUGAACUUAUCAAAGUAGUGAGUCUGUUCGGCAGUGAAACUUCAGAAAAGCGUCUCAAAAAAGAAUUCGAUAUGGCUAAAGAGCAGUUGGCCACAUUCUUCGCUAGUCGAACCACCAUUGAGUGGUUGUGUGACCCAGCAUUCUCAAAAGAUGAGCAACAGAUGAUCAUCGAAGUUGCCAAAGAACUUGACCUAAAUGUCAACUUAAAAGAACACGUCUUUAAAGAGGAUAGCAAGUCAACAGAAAAGGUGUUGGUCAUUCAAAAGAAAAUGAAUGUCUAUGAACUUCUGGCAUAUUUGAAGAAAAACAAACAUUCGGGAUAUGUCCUCAAAGAACCAGGCUCCGAACUUGAGAUGAAGGGCGGCAGGUAUAAGGUGUAAGAAUUCUCAAAAUAGGCGAAUAAAAAAGAAUGAAAAAUGAAGGAAAGUAAAUGUGAUGGAAUGAGAGAGAAAUGCAAGAUACUCUGUAGGAGAAAUCCGAACAAUCCGUUCCAUUUAAAGUGAAAAAUUUAGAGGAAUACUUAGCACGUGAAUCAUGGUUAGGUAUGUUUCAAUGAACAGCUUCGUUUUGACUCAUUUUUGAAAUCAUGUUUUUGACAAGCAGAAGUUAAUUGUAUGACGUAUGUUCAUGUGUUUUCUGGAGUUAAUAAACCAUUUGGUUUAAUUUUUUGUUUAAAAAUCAAUACACAGAUGAAUUGAUUUCAGUUUUGGGAGAAAUUCUCUUUUUGUUAUAUUUAGGUGAAUUAUAAACAAUUGGAUGGGAAUUAUGAAUAAUCCAAUGUGAAUUAUGAACAAUCAGAUUUGAAUCAUGAACAAUCUGAUGUAUUUGUAAAUAGAAUCAGCGUAUCAUAUAGCAUAGUCUUUGUUACACAAGUGACAUGACCCUAUUUGUUAUAUUAAGGUAAAUAUGAAUAAAUGGAUGUUCAUGUAUGUAUAAACAGCACCAGUGUUUGUAAAAGUUGGUGUAUCAUAGCACUUGCUACACAAGGUAUUGUGCAUUAUUUAGCUAUAUUUUGAAUUUUUCUGUAAGAACAUGUACUUGGUCAUUAACUGAACUUGUAUUCGUGUGUUUUCCAUGUAUUGUCCCUGCACUUUGCUCUUGGGGAUUUCAAAUAAAUACCCGAGGAAAAGUAUAUGUGAAAAUAGUGAGGAUUCUCCACAUUACGUACAAACUACAAAAUUAGUAACUGAAAGUUUCACUCUACAAAAUAGUAAGAUUGCACUCUCCGUGUAAAAUACCGAUGAAUUAUGAAAAUAAUAUGGGCAGUGCUUGUCUAAAUUAGUUGUAAAAUUUGGACCAGUAUUGCAUAAGGGUGAACUCUGAUAUGUGUGUUUUUAUUGUACGAACCUUUGUAAGUGGUACUUAUACAUAGGAGAAUUUUAUUCCAUGGAGGAAUUUAAUAGGUAAAAAUACUAAAAAUAAUAUUUGGUGUUUUAUUACUUGUACUUAGAGUAGUUACAGCACACAAUUUUGUGUGAAGAUAAACAAAAUGUUUUUUUUUUAUUUCACUUUAAGUGUAUCGUAACCAGGGUUAUUUUGACACUACUUAAUUUGGUCAAUUUGCUACUUAUUGACAGUCUUACAAAAUGGUGGAUUUAAGAUGUAAACUCUUGAAUAUUUGCACAUUCUAAUUGGUUGAUGGUCCAUUGAUAUACACCCUCUACAGGGUUCCCAAAGAAGGUCCUAAUCCUUCUAAACUAGUUAAGAAGAUUUCUUUUCUUGAUAUUGAAAUGAGCAAUAAAAUAUUUAAGAAGUUUUUUCUUGAUCCUGAAAUGAAGCAAUAUGUUUACAGUAGUUCUAACUGGUUACAGUACAUUAAGGUGGCUGUGGGAAAAUGACUUAAUACGAUCCUAUUAUGUAUAAGGUUCAGAUUACUCAUUCCACUAGGCAUGCCUUUAGAGACUCCAAGGAACAAAACAGCUCAAUUUUAUUUUCUCAUUGAUCAUCAAAAAUAACAUGGUCAAAUGUGUAUCUGAAAUUCCUGAGUGAAGAUGUACUCAUUUUUGUGACCUUGGAGUCUCUCAUUUAUUGCCCCAUUAUCUUUGGGGGUAGCUUCUAAUUUCAUAUUGCCUUGCACAUUAAAUGUAUAGUUAAAGAUUUGACAUUGACUAUAAGAUGUGUAUUUCAAACAAGCGAGUCUGUGUGUAUUUCAAAUAAGUGAGCUUCAGUUGUUUGGGAUGAAUAGAGUUUGCAUUGGCUAGAGAUUCUAUUGAACCAUAAAAAUUUAAAUUUAAAUCUCACUUUUCUUCAUUGAAAAAGUCCAAGUAAGCUUACACUGUUUUCCUCAAGACAGUCCAAAAGUGAAUUUAACUUUUUUCUAAAUAUGUAUGUGUAGUCGUUCCCCAUCAUUAUUUUGAGAGAAGUUUUUGAGAGAACUUGAAUAUGGGGAAUAACAGUCCUCUGGGGAUCCGUUCUCUUUGUAUUUUCUUGCCUGAUUGAGUAUUAAGGUUUUAAGGAAAAUGUGACACUUUACUUCCCUGUUAUAUGUUGAAAUUGUUUCUUUAAAAAGCAUGUGCUAAUUCUAAAUCUGGACAUGUCAAGUAAAAGUACCAGUAAAGUAGUGCUGAAUGUGUCUUACCAGGGAGAGGAGAGAAUUGCAGAUAAAUAUACAUUUCAUCCUUAAGCUUGGUUAUUGCAGUGAAAAGUAAAACUGAGCUCUGCCUUAAACAUAAUAUAUUUUUAGUAAUGGUAGUUAAGGAGUUUUCUGACAGUGGACAAAAUACCAUGUUUCAAAUCAAGUAUUUUUCAGUGGUAUUUCACUUGUAAUUUUGUAAUCAUUAGAUGUUGAAAAAUGUCUACUGCAUUCAAUGUGGAGGGAGAGAUUAUGUAUUUCUAGCUCAAGUGAUAAAAUGUAUGUUUAGUAGGUAUACUAGCAAGCAAUGCAAUAUGUACAAAAUGAACAUAAGAAAUAAACUUUUUAUAUUUGAUGUCAAUAUAUUAAA